AUGGCUGCUUCAUUCAGGUGUAAUGACUGUUUGUCAGUGAACCUUUCCUGCCAAGAGUGUAUUGUACGUCGGCAUGCGGAGACUCCGUUUCAUCGCAUUAAGUCUGCCCGUAACGAUGAUUUUGUGGUCAUUGAUGCCCACAGGAUUCAUGAAGUUGAGACAGCGGCAUCACAUUAUAAACAACUGCUUCGUGCACGUUGGUUUCCAGCCACAAGCACAGAUCCCAGGACAGCUGCCACCUUUUCCGUUCUCAAAUUUUUCCACCUCCUCUCUUUUGAAUCUAAAGUGUCCGCGUAUGAAUUUUAUCACACGCUCGCACGCGUCACAGACAAUACUGGGAUCCAACCCAUUAGGGAUCGCUAUUCAACAUUUUUAAAGAUGGUUGUUAUGUGGCGUAAUAUCAAGAUGCUAAUACGCGCUGGCCGAGGGAACGAUCCCGGCGGUGUCGAAGCAACCCAACAAGGCCAGUUGGCGGUGCUUUGCCCUGCAUGCCCUCAUCCUGGGAAGAAUCUCCCCGACAAUUGGGAUAAUGAGCCUGUUGCGAUGAGAUGGCUUUAUUCGUUUUUCCUGGCAAUUGACGCAAAUUUCAGACUCAAACGCCGUCUGGUCUCCACUGAUGCAAAAGACCCUGGCCUUACUCGUGGGUGGGCAUACUUCGUGGAAGAAUGCGGGUAUAAGCAUCAGCGCAGUGUGUGUGUAAGUCAUGAUGCCGUCAACUUGGCAGAUACCAAGUCUUCGAAAGGUCUAGCAGCAACUGGAGUCGGGGCGGUAGACUGCGCUCGACACGAGUUCAAGCUUCCGAAUGGCGUUGGUGAUCUCCAGAAAAAAGAAAAAUACCUCAAUAUGGAUUAUCUCAUCUUUUCUUCGCUCACUCAUUUCUCGACGCUCUCCGCCGUCAACUUCUCUUAUGAUGUCGCGUGUCAAUGGCACAAGAAGCUAUGGACUCAUGUAUCCUCUCUACCCGAACACCUUCAUUUUAGCCACGUCAACAAGAUCAUCCGUUUCUUUGUCCCUAAGUUUCAUCUUGCAGCUCAUAUUCCUGCCUGCCAGACGGCAUUUUCAUUCAACUGGACACCUCAUGUUGGUCGCACGGAUGGCGAAGCACCUGAACGUGGAUGGGCUAACAUCAACCGUGUUGCUAGUAGCACCAAAGAAAUGGGACCCGGGUCACGCCGAGACACGCUGGACGACCAUUUCGGAGACUGGAAUUGGAAGAAAGUUACUGCGUUUGGCCGAAUUCUUUUUCACAGAAUUACUGAGGCUGUUGAGGCGGAGCGGGAGCAUCGCACGGCAUUAAAGGAACUUCAGGAGUCGGUGGCCUCAUCUGAGUUAGGCCGAACAUCACUCGCUAUAUGGGAAAAAGAGAUUACCACCUGGGAGAACGAUCACACUCAGCAGAACCCUUUCGAAAGUCAAUGCAAUGAGAUGACACAGGCAGCGGUUCGCCUCGAACUUGCACGGCAAGACACCAAGGACAUAGAGGAUGGCCUUUCAGUGUCCCUUCAUGUGGAAGUCACACCGAGCAUUUUGAUCAGUACAGGUAUUGACCUUGAGCAUGUGCACCUUGGCCAACAUUCGACAGAUAAUCAACGCACCAAGAUCUUAACACGUAGGAAUGCCCUUCAACGCCGUAUAGAUAUGUGGAUUGACGUACAGGCGCUCUAUAUGCCCACCACUCCCUAUCUGCGCUUAACUGGCUUCGUCACGCCCUCACGGGAUGAUGACAGCGGCUGCCCAAAGUCUAAUCCUACCUCUGAGAAUGCAGAAGAUUUUCCACUCCUACUACCGUCCGAAGUUUGCGAACAUUCUACAUGUGAUCCCAAGCUGUUAGAUAUCGAGUGGUCUCUCCGUCAUGCCCAGGCAAACGACGCACUAGAUGAGUGCCGCUCCAACAUUCGCCUUCGACACCAGCUCAUUCAGUUCAAAGGACAACACAUCCGUGGUCAAGGUGCCACCACUCGAGCACGCCAAACAAUCCAAACAGUCGAAAAUCACCUGAUCCUCAGUCACGCCAAGUACACUCGUGCUUAUUGGGCUUUAACGGCUCUCUCUCACCAACUCAGCCGUCCUGGAUGGGAUAUCAACUUGCAACUGUUGAAAAAGGCCCACCUUCGACCAAUGGGUGAUUUUGGAGGACAAUCUCAAGGAACAGCCAUAAUGUCGUGGAUUUGGCGGAAUCGUGGAAUCACCACUAGUGAUAACGAGAGCCUGCAAGAAUCACUUCGAAUUGAAUGGUGCAAAGCUUGUGCACGUCACCACAGGUGGGCGGAGGAAAUCCAGUUGUUAUUGGAAGAAAUGCGCCGUGUACUAGCAUAUUUAGCCUGGCACGCGGUAUGGUGGGAGACGCAGGGACCCUUGCGCGCCGUAGACAGGCCUGAAGAUGCUGAGGGUUUGCUUGCAUACGCAAAACGGCAAGCGGCGAUUCGCCGUGGUCUGCAUGCGAAGUUCGCAGAGAAGUGGAAGAAUGGCACGACGCUUGUUGAGAGGCUCCUCAACUCGACUUCUUCUGGUGUUGGUUCCGACUGCAGUUCGGAAUCACGGGAAGGCGACCUCAAGCGUGCGCUCGAGACUGCUCUCGGCAGUCUCUGUGCCCUUCGCUCAAUAUACGACCACCGCGUCACGCGCUGGGAGCACGAGAUGAGGCGCAUCAACGACAAGCAGGACCGUGUUGAAAUGCUACUCCGCCAGACCCUGGGUGUCGGUUUGCAGAACGGUAAUGGCCUUCCUGACGCGUAA